AUGAGAAUAAGAAAAACAUGGUGUACGUUAUGUCGUGAAAAUUUCGAAGAGGGGGAUGAGUGUAUCCAAUGUAAGCAAUGUAAGAAAAAGUUUCAUAGAGAAUGUUUACAAGCAGAAGGUUUAAUGGAUAAUGAACAAUUAAAAGACAUAAAGAAUUAUGUAUGUUAUCAAUGUAUAAAUGAGGAUGAUGAUAUACCAGAGAAUGAGGAUAGAUGUAAAAUAUGUCGUGAGAAAUCAGCAAAUUUGAUUUUAUUAUUAUGUGAUGGAUGUCCAAAUAGUUACCAUGUUAGUUGUUUAGGUUUAGCAGCAGAACCCGAAUCAGAAAAAUGGUAUUGUCCAAUAUGUAAACCAGAUGAUCAUAAAAAUUUAGAUGUAAGAAGAAUGAGAAAAGGUUUUGUACUUGACAAUAUGAAUGGGGAACAUGUAAAUUCUUCAACUUGUUAUGUGUGUCAAAGACCUGGUAAAUUAUUAGGUUGUGAUUUUUGUCCGAAUUCAUUUCAUCCAACAUGUUUACCAGAUUUAGAUUUUGAUAAUAUUUCUGAUCAAUGGGAAUGUCCUUGUUGUAAAAAUGAAGAUCCUUUAUUAAAUCAAGGACACAAGAGAUGGACAAAAAACGAAAUACAAGAAAUUAUGAAAAAAAGACAAAGAGAGUUAGGUUUUUGGAGAUCUAAAAUAAUAAAAUAUCGUAAUCGGUUUUUAUUAGCACAUCGUAAAGAUUUACAACCAUUUGUAAAUCCACGUGUGUUCUCUAAUUUAACAAAAACAUUUAAAAAUGAUUAUUUCCAUACAAAAGGUAGUAGUAAUAAUAAAAAAUCUAAUAAAUAUGAUAAUGAUAAAUAUAAUUCAAAAAAAGAUGUAGAUAUGGAUUCAAAAGAAUUCAAUGAAUUUAUAUCUUCUUUAGAAGAUGAAGCUCAUCAAAAUGCAUGUAAAUUUAUAGAAUCCGUUUUCUUAAGUGUAUAUUAUCCAAAUGGAAGAAAAAUUGAAAGAAGACCACUCGUAGAUAAUGUUCAAUUAAAACCUCAUCAAGAAGAUGGGGUAGAAUGGUUAUUAAAAUCAUUUUUAACAGGAGGAGCAAUAUUAGCGGAUGAAAUGGGUUUAGGAAAAACUAUACAAACCUUAUGUUUUUUAUCAUAUUUAAAAUGUAAUAAAAUAGAUGGUCCUCAUUUAAUUGUCGUACCUUUAUCAACGGUAGGAAAUUGGUUAAGAGAAAUUCAUAGAUUUACACCACAUUUAACUUGUAUUAAAAUAUGUGGUUCUAAAAAUGAAAGAACACAUGCAAAAGAAGAUCGGUUAGCUGAGAAAGGAUUAUAUGAUUUAUAUGUAACUACAUACGAAACAGUAAAAAAUGAAGAAGAAUUUUUCGUAGAAACAAUACCAAAAUGGCAAUGUAUAGUAUUAGAUGAAGCACAUAGAAUUAAAAAUCAAAGUGGUGCAAUAAGACAUUCAAUGGAUAGAGUAGUAGGAAAUAUGCGAUUAUUAUUAACAGGAACACCACUUCAAAACAAUUCAGCAGAAUUAUUUACAUUAAUUAAUUUUAUGUUUCCUGAUAUAUUUAAAAAUUCAGAAAUAAUAGAACAAGCAUUUAUGAAUGCUUCACAAAAUAAUAAGAACAAAAAUAAUAAUAAUAAUAAUAAUAAUAAAGAUGAAAAAAAUAAUAAUAAUGAUAAUAAUAAUGAUGAUGAUGGUGGUGGUGCUAGUACAUCAGGUAAUAAUACAUCCAAAGUAAAUGUUAAUAUUGGCAAUAUAGAUCUAAAAUCAGCUAUAAAAGAAGAAGAUUUAAAAUCAAUACGUUGUUUGUUAGAUAAAAUUAUGUUAAGACGUUUAAAAGAACAAGCUAUAACACUUCCAAAAAAAAUAUUUCAUGAUGUGUGGUUACCAUUAGGUAGUUUAUCUGCACAUUGGUAUAAAAGAUUAUUAGAUAUAAGAUCUAUGGUUGAAGAAAAAGUUAGUGUAAAGAAAUUAUUAGGUUUAGUUAUAAAAAUGAGAAUUAUAUGUGGACAUCCAAAAGGUAUAGUAAGUAGACCAUCCCAAAUGGAAAAAUUGUUCGCAUUUUUUGAAGAAGAAAGUGAAGACAUAAAAGAACAAGUAAAAAAUGAUGCAUUAAAAUUAAAAAAUAUAUCUGGUGAAGAACAUAUAGAAUCUUCAUCCAAGUUAAUUUUUAUUGAUAAGUUAUUAUGUCAAUUACAUUAUGAAAAUUGUAAAUAUGUUAAAAAUUAUGCAUCGAGUUAUGAAAAACAUAAAAAAGAAGUCGCUGCUUAUAAUUAUCAUAAAAUACAAGAACAAACUAAUGCUCAGAAAAAAAAAAGAGAGCAUUCUGGAAAAUUUAAAAAAAUUGAAGCAUUAGAAAAUAGUCCCUUAUUUAUGGAAAUAUAUAAUAAGGGAAAAUUUGAUUUAAAACCCACAUCUCAGAAGGAGGACAUGUUAAAAGGUUUUAUGCACUCAGUUCCUGUGGAUAAUGAAUGUCCUUAUAAGAAAAAGAGAUGUAUAUAUGAUAAGGUCAAGGAAUAUGUGAAGAAUAAUAGUAAUAUAAAACAUAAGGGUCGUGCCAGAUUAAUAUCUGAUAAUAAGAAUAAUAAAAAUAAUGAUAAUAGUGAUGAUGAAGAUGAGGAUGAUGAUGAUGAAGAAGAAGAUGAUGAUGAUGAUAAUGAUGAUGACGAUGAGGUAAAUUAUUAUAAUAAAAGAAAGGAUAAGAAGAAAAAGGUUAUAUCUGAUGAUGAUGAAAAUUCAAAUGACGACAAUAAGAGUGAAGAUAUUAAUAAUGAUGAUAACAAGGAUAUUACUAAAAAUGAUAACAAUGGUAAUUUUAGUGAUAAUAAUAAUAAUAAUAAUAAUAAUAAUAUAAAUGACGAUCAGAAUGAUGAUAACAUAUUUAGUCUUCAUGAUAGUUCAAAAAUAAAUAAUAAUAUAAAAGAAUUUUUAAAGAGCGAAAAAAUGGAAAUGUCAAACAAUACAGAUAAAAUAAAUGAAGAUUCAACUGUAGGUGUUACAGAUAAAGGUGAUAACAAACUGGAUGAUUUUGAUAUGUUGAAAAGAGAAGAAAAGGAAAAGCAUGAUGGUUAUAUGAAAGAAGAAGGAGAAGAGGAUGACGAAGAAGAUGUAAUAACUCAUAAAAAUGGUACACAAUUAAAUAUUGAUAAUAAUAAUAAUAAUAAUAAUAAUAAUAAUAAUAAUAUAAAUAAUGUGACUGACAUAAAAUUACAAACAGAUGAAAAAAAAGUUGUUAUUAAUAUAAAGAACGAGAUGAAUGAUAAUGAUGAGAAUGGUGAAAAGUUAGGUGAAGCAAAAAUGCAUAAAGUAUUAAUAUUUACACAAUUUCAAUUAGUUUUAGAUGAAUUAGAAGAAUAUUGUAAAUAUCGAUGUUGGAAAUAUAUGAGAUUAGAUGGUUCCACAAAUAAAUUAAUUAGAGAAUUAGAUAUAAGAGAAUUUAAUUUAAGCGAUAGUAUAUAUUUUAUAUAUUUAAUUAGUACGAGAGCAGGUGGUUUGGGUAUUAAUUUAACAGCAGCAAAUCAUGUUAUAAUGUAUGAUGAAGAUUGGAAUCCAUUUAUAGAUUUACAAGCCAUAGAUAGAGCUCAUCGUAUUGGUCAGAAGAGAGAAGUAAAUGUUUGGAAGUUAAUGACAGAAUGGACUGUUGAGGAAAGAAUGGCAUUUAGAAGAGAACAAAAAUUGAAAUUAGAUAAAUUGGUUGUACAAACACAAGAUGAUGAAGAUAUGUUAGAUAACUUUGAAGAAAAAUUAUCAUCAGAUGAAAUAAGGAAAUUAAUGUUGCAUGGUAAAGCAGCUAUACAAAAUAUGGAUGUUGAAAGUACAAAUAAUUUUCCUUUAGAAUUUUUUAUUGAAAGGGGUCGUCAAAAGUUACCUAUAAUAAAUGGGGUAGAUUUAGAGAGAGAGGAAAAAUGUGCCAUAGAAGAGGAAAUUAAUAAAAAAGAUGAUGGAGAUGAUAUAUUGGUUAGUAAAAAUGAUGAGGAUGAUGAUGAUAAUAGUGUUGAUGCUAAGUAUAAUAAUAACAAUGAUGAUGAUAAUGCUAUAGAUAUAGAUGAAGUUAUGAUGGAUGAGGCUGAAGAAUUAGAGACACGAAAUAAUACUACUACUACUAAUAAUAAUAAUAAUAAUAAUAAUAAUAAUAAUGAUGUAACUGGAGGAAGUGGUGAAAUGAUAAAUGGUCAGUUUGCUUCAAGCAACAACCAAAACAACAACAACAAUAAUAAUAAUAAUAAUAAUGAUAUUUCGUUAUGGAGAUCUGUUAGAGAAAGAAAGAAACCUCAAAUUUUAUAUACCCCUGAAUAUUGGGGAAGAAAACAAGAAGUGAAACAAAUUAAACAUGAAUAUAGAUGUUUUAUUUGUAACAAUACUAAGAAUCAUAAAGCUAUUGUUAAAGAUAGGAAUGGUAAUGAUAUUGAAAUCGAUUAUGGUGAUAUGAUUAAUUGUUUCCGAUGUCCUAAAACGUAUCAUAAAUUAUGUGAAGGCAUAAAAGAUGAAAAUGUAAAGAAAACAUGGACCUGUAGUUGGCAUGAAUGUUGUUUAUGUUUUCGUAAAUCAUCACAAUGUGGUAAUUUGUUAAUUCAUUGUGCUACUUGUCCAACAAGUUUUUGUUAUAAUUGUUUUCCUCCGGAUUACGUGAGAUAUUAUGUAGGUGAAGAAUAUUAUCAUAAUUUAAGACAAAGAGGAGUUAAUUUUACUCCACAAAAUUGGGUAUGCUUUUUAUGUUCCAAAUGUAAAGCUGUCGAAGAACAGAAGAAGAGAAGAAAGAUGACAAAAGAAGAAAGAGAAAAUGAAAAACAAUUACAGAAAGAAUUAAGAAGUCAGUUACAUGAUAGUAAACAAGAAGAAUUAGAAGCUAAGAAAAGAAAGAGAGCACAACAAUUAGAAAGAGAUAAAUUUAUAAUAGAAAAUAGAAAACGAAUUGAUGCUUUAGAUCAACAAUAUGAAGAUCAAUUAAGAAAAGCAUAUGAAAAUGUGUUCCCUAAUAAUUUUGUAAAAGAAUUAGUUAAUAGAAUUGAACAUGCGAAGAUGUUAAAACAAAAAGGUAUAGUAGAAGAUAAUAAUAAUAAUAAUAAAGAGACGAAUAAAAAAAAAUCUACAACCUUUUUACAUACAAAAUUACCAAGCAAAUUAUUAGUACUAUGUGAAAAUUGUAAAUUACCAUGUCAUGCUAAUUAUAAAUAUCCUGGUAAAUGUUGUUAUCCUCCUGAGUUAGAUAAGUCUUAUUAUAUGUCUAAUACAUCUUUUAGUCAGAUGGGAAGAGAUGGGUUUGAAAAACGAGUAAGUGAAGGGAAGAAUGAUUCUUGUUCGUCACAUAUGCAUUUCAAAGACAAGGUAGGUGAAGAUAGCAAUAACAUGAAAAAUAUAACUAAUAUAUUAGAUGGGAAUAAAAUAAUGAAUAGUCCCCAUAAAGGAGGUACAAAAUGUGAACCAAAUGAUGGUUCAACAACACCUUCUAGAAAUGAUGGAAUAAAAAAAGAUGUAAUGGUUACAUCGACAAUAAAUAAUAAUAGUAAAGGCAUUAUAGGUGCUAUGUUAAAUAUAAAGAGUACAGGAUUAAAUAGUAAUAAUAGUAAUAAUAAUAAUAAUAAUAAUAAUAAUAAUAAUAAUAAUAAUAGUUAUAGUUUUAAUGAAAAUAAAGAAAAUUCCCCAUGUACUAAUAAAUUAAUGUCUGACAAAGGAAUAGAAUAUAAUAAAAAUGAUGAUGAAGAUUAUAAUAAUAACGAAAGUAAAGAUAAAAUGAAAGUUGUUGGUACAACUUUCUUAUCUGAUGGAAGUAUGAGAUUUGAAAAGGAUUCACCUGAAAAUAAUAUGAAUGAAAAUAAUAAUAUGAAUAACCAUAAUAAUAAUGAAAAAGAUAGUCCACAAAAUAAUAAUGAUAAUACAUCCAAGAGUAAAACUAGAAAAUUUUUAAGAGCUGUUUGUUCAAAAUGUGGUACAGUGCAGUUAGGCAAGCUAGCACAUUUUAGAAAACAUUGUGAUAAAUUAACUGAAGAAGAAAAAAAAGAAUAUGAUGAGAAGAGAGAGAAAUUAAAAGAAUUAAUUAAUUUAUUAAAUAAGAAAAAAAUAAAAGAAGAACAUACAGAAGAAGAAUAUAAGAAUAUGUCUGUUUUUAAAUUUAAGAGUUUAUAUAGUAAUUAUCAAGAUAAAGCUGAUGAUAUAUUAGAAGAUUGUAUACGUUCAAUGAAAUGGGAUAUAUUAAUAGCAGAUAAAAAAAAAAUAAUAAAAAAAGAAAAAGAAAAAGAAAAAGAAAAUAAAAAAAUAUAUUCAAAAAAUGAGGAUGAUGAUAAUAAUAAUAAUAUUAAUAAAAAGAAUAAUAAUAUCAGUAGUAUGAGUUUAAAAGCAAAAUUAACUCAUUUCUUAUCAAAUCAACCUUUAACCAUAAGUUCUGAUUAUUCAGAUACAAAAGAUAUUAUUGAAAUAAGGAGUGAUUUAACAGAUGAUAUGAAAGAAAAAAUAAAUGAUGAAUUAUCUACCAUCAGUGGAAAAAGAAAAAAAUGUAUAGUAAAGAAUAUUAAAAAAGUUAAAAAGAAAAAAGGUAAUGAUGAUAAUGAUGAAAAUAACAAUAAUAAUAAUGUGGAUGGAGAUAAAAAGAAUAAUAAUAAAAGUAAUACUUCAUCCAAAAAAAAAGAUGAUAAAGAUUUAAAAAAAUUAAAUUUACUUAUUAAUCCGUUUCAUGAAAAAUUAAUAAAAGAUACACACAAUGCAAAUUUUAUAAGAGAUUCAUUUAAUGAAGAUUUUUUAAAUAAGGCAAAAGAAUUUUUACGAGUUACCAAAAGUAAUUUAAUUAAUAACGGUAAUAAUAAUAAUAAUAAUAAUAAUAAAAAUAAGAAAAGUAGUAGUAAUAGUAAAAAUAUUAAUAAAAAUAAUAGUAACACAAAAAAUAGUAGUAAUACAAAAAGUAGUAGUAACACAAAAAGUACUAGUAAUACAAAAAAUAAAAAUAAUAAAAAUAAUCAUAAUAAUUCCUUUUUAGAAAGUGCUACCACAGCAGAAGAUUUUCUAAGGGGUAUAACCACAGGUAAUAAUAAUAUUUUUAAUCUUGUUUCAUCAUCCAAUUCUCCUUUUGAUAAAAAUAAAAAAUUAAAAGAUGAUGAAUUUGAAAAAUCCAUUAUACAAAAUUAUCUAAAUAAAAUGAAGAAUUCUUUAAAGAACUCAUCCCAUUUAGAUAAAAAUACUAUAAAAGAAAAAUUAAAAGAAUUAAAUUAUGUAAAUUCUCGAUCAAAUAGUAACACAAAGAAUAAUAUGAAUACUAAUAUUAAUAAUAAUAAUAAUAAUAAUAGUAAUAAUAAUCAACAUACUAUUACUGCUCAGGAAAAUAGCCUCAGAUUUGCUAAAGAAAUAUUUAAAAAUGGGGCAUUUGAUAAAAAUGGAAAUUUUAAAUUGUACUCAAACAAAGGUAAUUUGUGUAAUACAAAUAAAGAUAUAGUACAUCUUCUUAAAAGUAACGAACAAAUUGAAAAUAUGAAUACAAAUUCAGGAUAUUCAAUCAACGAUUUUAAUCUUGAUAUAUUCAACAUUGAUAAAAAUAUUAAAUGUGAAGAUCUUGAAAAAAAAUUAUUAAAUUUAUGUGCAAGUACCAAUUUAAUGAACAAAAAAAAUAUACAACAUGAUAAUAAUAAAAAAGAAGAUAAUAACAAAAAUUAUAUGUUAGAUAGUAAAAAUAAAAAUAAACAAUUUCUAUUUAAAAAGGAUAAUACGCAGCAACAAGAGGCAUUCCUUUCAAAUAUCUCCAAAGCAAAAAAGGAAUCUAGCAAUUCGAGAAAAAGGGUUGUAGAAGAUGUAAAUGUAGAUUAUGAUAUAAAAAAAAUUACAAAUACAUCUGAAAAUAGUGGGCCAAAUAAGGUCCAAGAAUAUAUUUUAUAUAGAAGAAAUACAUCUAGUGUAAUGUCGAAUGUAAUAAAUAAUAAUGAUAAGAGCAAGACUGUGAGGAAUGAUGACGAAGAUGACGAUGAUGAUGAAGAUGAUGAUAGAGAUGAAGAUGAUGGAGAUGAAGAUGAUGGAGAUGAAGAUGACGAAGAUGAAGAUGACGAAGAUAAAAAUGAAAGUUCAAAUUAUAAUAAUAAUAAGAAAAAAAAGACAAAUAAUUCAAGUAGAAAUAGCAGUAAUAAUAAUAGUAGUAAUAAAAAUAAAAAUAAUAAAAGUGGUAAUGAUAUUCAUCAAGCUAGUAACUUACUGUAUCAAAACUUAUUAAAUAAUCCGCAAAGUCUUUUACAGCAUUUAAAUUUGGAAGAUGUAAAGAAUUUCUUAAAAGCCGCAGACAGAAGUAAUAAUGAUAACUUACCAGAAAUUAAUUAA